AUGAAAGCCUAUCUAAAGAGCAAAGAAGGCUUUUUUGUCCUGAAUAAAAGUACUACUAUUGGAAGGCAUGAAAAUUCAGACCUGGUCAUUGAGUCAGCUGACAUUGACAACCACCAUGCACUCAUCGAAUUUAAUGAAGCAGAGAGCAGCUUUGUCCUCCAGGACUUCAAUUCUGUCAAUGGCACCUUCGUCAACGAAUGCCACAUUCAGAACGUAGCUGUGAAACUGUUGCCAGGAGACAUCCUGAGGUUUGGAUCUACUGGGCUCACUUACGAGCUGGUUGUUGAAAACCCAUCCUUGGUCACUUUUCCAUGGAUGAAGAGCCCAUCUCCUUGGCCAGGGUCACAGCCACCUUGGGUCCCACAACAGCAGAACCCAUCACGGUCGCCACCACAGUUCCCCUUCUUCCAAGGCAUCCGGCAACCACACAUGCAGAGGAGUUGGUCCCAGGGGUCCUCUAGACCCACCAUAAUCCCGCCUGCCCCCCACCAGCACCCUCUGAAUACCAGCGGGAAGAUAUUGUCUGUUGUGAUGGAGAGCAAUCCAAAGCCCCCUCUCAUCAAGCAAGCAAGUCACUCUACUUGGCAACUACCUUCCAGUCGAUGGAUGAGGCAGGAGGACAAUUUCAUACAUUUGGCCUUCGUUAGCCAUGUGUACCUCAUGUACCAGAGUCUCCCCAGUGCCAGCAAUAGGUCCAGCCUCAUGCUUAGGAGGGGACAUGUAGGAACCCCAGACUAUGGAGAAGCAGGAACAGAACUGUCCUGUAUUCUCAGUCUGUUCUGGAACAUGUGGAUGGAAGUGUGGGCAAAUGCCAUAGGCCUGUCGGAACAAUCAUUGGCUGAGGGAAGUCCUGGAGCCUCCCACACCACAGAAAUUUACGUGGACCAGGACCUGGGCCAUCAGGAUAAGUUAAUAGCAAAGAUCACCCAGGUCGCCGAAGACAACCUCAGCUUACAGCAGAGGAAAUGGAGCCUGCAGAAGGAGUCUCAGCUCAGCAGCUCUCAACAGGAGAUCACAGAGAACAUCGAGAAGCUGAAGACAUCUCUAGACAACUGCCAGGUCUGCAUGAAAACCUCUUGCAGCAGCAGCGACCUGAAGAAGGAGGUGGACCAACUUCGUUUCCUCGAGGUGAGCCCCCCUAUUUUGGGGCUCCAGAAGGUGUCGCUGGACAUCGUUGCCACGUCCGCAUCCUGGCUGGAGGACAUGGAACGCCUCCUCCGGGAUGUUGGGAUCCAGCUAGCCAGCUCCGACAAAGGGUUGUCCUUAUAUCUGAAGUGUCUUCUGGAACAUUAUAAAAAAAUUAAAAGCCAUACCCAGGAACUUGAGGUCAAAGUCACCAGUUCACAGGAAACUCAGCAUUCUUUGAUGCAAAUAAAGCAUCGGGAACAUCAAGCAGAAAAAGAGAAGCUGAAUGAGGAAAGGCUACAGGAAGAGGAGAAGCUAAAGGCCAAAAUCAAGCGACUGAGAGAAGAGAAAGAGGCAUUGGAGGAGAGAUUCACUCAAGAAAAAGCCAAAAUGAAAGAAGCUCUAGGGGAUGAAUGCAGGAAAGUCCAAGAUAUGGAGAACCGCCUCAUCAGCCAAAAGAAGGCUUUGGAGGAGAACAUUAUUCAAGAGAAAAACAGAGCAAAGGAAGCUCUAGAGGAAGAACAGUCUAAAGUUCGAGAUCUGGAAAACCGCCUUGCCGAACAGAAGGAGGCUUUGGAGAACAGCAUGGCCUAUGAGAAAAGAAAAGCAAAGGAAGCCUUAGAGACAGAAAAGAGAAGAGUUCAAGAUCUGGAGAACCAAUUAACCCAGCAAAAGGAGAUUGAAGAGAACGCCAUCGCCUAUGAGAAAAACAGAGCAAUGGAGGCCAUUGAAAAGGAGAAGAAAAGGGUGCAGGAUCUGGAGAACCGCUUGACCAAACAGAAAGAGGAAAUAGAUUUAAAAGAGCAAAAGGAGGAUAUUUUAAAUAAUAAAUUAAGUGAUACCUUGGCCGUUGUAGAAGAAAUGCAGAAAGCCAAGAAGGCUGAAAGUCUAAAAGCAGAAAACCUCACCAAGAAAUUAAAUGAAACAUUAGCUGAGCUGGAAACUUCAAGGACAAAAAUGAUCAUGAUGGAGGAGCGGAUGCAACUGCAACAACAGACUCUCAGGAUCCUCCAGGAGAAGCAGGAGUCACAGAAACAUGGAUUUGAAGAAGAAAUCAUAGAGUACAAGGAGCAGAUUAAGCAGCACUCCCAGACCAUCGUGAACCUAGAAGAACGGCUCCACAAAGUGGCCAAGCACCACAAAAAAAUUGAAGGCGAGAUUGCCACAUUGAAGGAUGGGGAACCAGCCCAAAUUGAAGAAAUACCACCAGAUCUUCCACCAAUUUCUCCACCAAAGAACAGCUCCACAGAUGCAAGGUACAAUCCCGGGAUAGAAGAUUUGUUAGCUGCUCAGAAGGACAUCCUGUCUCAGCAAGAGAUAAUCAUGAGGUUGAGGAAAGAUCUGAGCGAAGCCCACAGUCGAAUGUCAGACCUGAAAGGGGAAUUGAACGAGAAACAGAAGAUAGAACUGGAGCGAAAUGUGGCUUUAGUCCAACAGCAAAGAACUGAGCUGAAUAUGUUCAAAGAAAAGAUGAUGCAGAUGACCAGCUUGAUAGACAAGAAGGACAGGGAGUUGCGAAGCCUCAAGGAGGCACUGAGGACCUCCCAAAACAAAUUGCAGCUGCACAAGGAGAAGGAGCAGAAGUCUCGGGAUCAGGCCCAGAUGUGCGACAUCUCAGUACAAAUAGAACCAAUCAACGACACCUCUGUAAGCAGCCAAGAGGAGCAGGGCUUCAGUGAUCUUGGGGUCAAGUGCAGAGGGUCACGGCAUGAGGAAGUUAUUCAGCGUCAAAAAAAAGCCUUAUCUGAACUUCGUACACGAAUUAAAGAGCUCGAGAAGGCAGCUUAUAUAUCAGAUCAUAAAGUCCAACAGAAUGAAUCAUGUCUAGAUUUCAAGGCUCUCAGAAUGGAAAACAAUGUCCAGAAAUUAUUGAAUGGAAAACCUGACUUGCCAACACACACAAGAGUAGAAAUCCGAGGACCUCAAAGUGGUCUUAUCAACUCCGAGUCUAACCUGGUCAUGGACAAGUCAGGGAAAAUGGAUAUGGCUGAGGCUUUGGAUCUCAGUGAAAAGCUGUACAUGGACAUGAGCAAAACACUGGGCUAUCUGAUGAACAUUAAAGAUAUGUCAGGUCAUGUUUCCAUGAAGUUCCUCUCCCCAAAAGAGAGAGAGAAGGUCAACCAGCUACGACAGAGGGACCUUGAUCUGGUGUUUGAUAAGAUCACCCAAUUGAAGAGUCGGCUAGAGAGAAAAGAGGAGCUUUUGCGAGGAUAUGAGAAGGAUAUUGAACAGCUCAGGCAAAGCAAAGUGUCCGUUCAGAUGUACCAGUCACAGGUGGCUAAGCUGGAGGAUGACAUCUAUAAAGAGGCUGAGGAAAAGGCCCUGCUGAAAGAAGCCCUGGAACGCAUGGAACAGCAACUGUAUCAAGAGAAGAGGAUCAACAGGGCCAUCAGGCAGCAGAAGGACCGUUUAGAGACGCGAGAACAGAGAAAAGAAUCUGCAUUGUGCAACUGUCUCCACAAAGAGAAAAUGAGACAGAUAGGGGACCCCAAUUGGACCAAGAAAUUUCUGAUAGACUGUGGGAAGUGGAAAUUUUCCCAGCCUGGUCCAGAAUAA